UUAUUUAAGUGUCUAUAUAUGUCUGCAUUUUAUUUACAUCUUUUAAAAAUUUUAUUUGAGUUUAUUUUUCUCUUCCCUUCAAAAAACACACAAGACUUUUAUAAUACAGCCGGUGUAAAAUUAAAAUAUCGCUCUACAGAUUUUAUAUUGUCGAUUUUAUAAACGCAGCACGAAAGACAGAAUUUUGUGCGCGACGUGUUAUCUACUGCUGGGAUAUGUCGUACACAUUGUACUACGUAAUUCAUAAAAGAACUUUCGUAGACGUAGGGGCGUUACGCGACAGCCCUCUGCCGAAUUGGAACCGCGACUCCUCAGCUGUUGUCGGUCCGUGUCGGUCGAUGUCACCCGAAUCGCCAGCGGGUUUUAGGUUAACCAGACGGCUGUGAGACCGGGUAAAGAGAGCGCGGUGUUUCUGAAGUGUGCCAUUAGACAGCUGUAGGUCAUUUGACGAUCCUCCGUCGAGAACGCCGCCUUCAGCGAAGAAACGAACGACUGGGCUGUUAAAUGACUAGAUAAUUUAAUAAGCGAUCAUGGCAACGCCCACCUGUGAUAAGAAAGCGAGGGUGAUUGUUCUAGGAGGAUGCGGUUUCAUUGGACGCAAUCUCGUGGAGUAUCUGCUGGAUAACGAUCUGGUCUCCUACAUACGAGUCGUGGACAAGGUGCCGCCGCAGACUGCAUGGCUUAACAAGAAGCACCAGCAGGUGUUUGAGCACCCUCUGCUCGAAUUCAAAAGCGCUAAUUUGAUUAAUACAGCUUCCUGCCAAAAUGCAUUUGCAUCUGAUGAACCUAUUGACUAUGUGUUCAAUUGUGCUGGGGAGACAAAGAGUGGUCUCACUGAUCUGGUCUAUAAAGAAGGCAUUUACAAAUUGAGCAUAAGCUGCGCCCAGCAAGCAGCUAAGAUUAAGGUCUCACGUUACGUGGAAAUAUCCUCUGGCAACUUGAACACCUCGGAAAAGAUUCCUCACAAGGAAGACGACGCUGGAGAACCAUGGACAUUUAUCGCAAAAUACAAGCUGCAAGUAGAACAUGAAUUGAAAAAUAUACCAGAUUUGAAAUAUACUAUACUUAGACCAGCUAUUGUAUAUGGCUGCGGAGAUAGAAAUGGUCUAGCACCGAGAUUGAUAGUGGGCGCAGUUUAUAAGCAUUUAGGAGAAAUGAUGAAAUUGCUCUGGGGACCGGAUCUUCAUAUGAACACCGUUCAUGUGAGAGAUGUUGCUAGAGCUAUCUGGCAUGUAGCUAAUAGACCGGAGACAAUAGGCCAAACGUACAAUCUCGUGGACGACGGAGAUUCUACUCAAGGUUCCAUCAGUGCCAUAGUUUCAGAACUGUUUAACAUUAACCAUGAUUAUUGGGGCACUGCACUGUCUACACUGGCUAAAACUGAUAUGAGCUCAGUUGUUGAGGAGGUAAAUGACAAACACAUGAGCCCUUGGGCGGAAGCUUGUCGCAAAGACGGAGUGGAGAAUAGUCCUCUUUCUCCGUACAUAGAUCAAGAACUUCUAUAUAACAAGCACUUGUAUCUACAACCCGGGAAACUGUCAAAUACCACGGGAUUUAAGUAUUUAUAUCCUAAACUGACGAAAGAUGCUCUUACAGAGGUACUUAAUGAUUAUGUGAGCAUGAGGAUUUUUCCACAUUCUUUGAUCCUGUGAAUCGUUUUAGCAAUACCGACUGCCGAAUUCGAAUAUCAUUCGAUUCUCUUUUGCAUGAUGAUGCUAAAUAUUGAUGUUAAUGAAUACCAGGUACAUACAGAUGUCGAGCGUCAUUUCACCUUGUGCCUAGGAAGGUUCUAUACGAGUUACAUAUAUUCUAUUAUACACGUUAUACAUCUUUACUUGACGUUUUUACACGCCGAUGAAUAAUGGAUUUUAUAGAAAAGGGCAUAUAUACGAAAUCUAAGUACUUCGUAGGCGGCCUAUUGCCAAUGUGAUAAAAUAGCAAUUAACGUACUUAAUUUUACCAUAGUUCUGAAAGCACGGAACUUCUUCGCACUUUAAAAACGGGCUAGUCAAACAUUGGCAUUUGGGAACGAUUCGGAACAAUGUUAAGGUCCUAUACAUAAAAAUGCAUAAAGACAUCUAAACAUAAGAUCAUUUAUAAUCUCUAAAUUGGUUUCGAUGAAUAUUUUAGAAGAUUAUUCGAUCACAAAGGGAAAGAAAGCUUUUUAUAUACCAUUUUUCAAGACUAUGAACUAUACUAAUCAAGUUGUUGAAAACUUAUACACUUAUUAGAUAUAUAAUAGGAAUUUAUUUUAUAUGUGCUACAUUCCGAGAGAUCUGUCUCUUCCACAAGCUGUGAAUCAAGUUCAGAAGUCAUUUUAUUCCGAUUGAACAACUAUCAUACGCAUAAUUUUAUCAAUAACUCGACCUAAGUGCGACCUAAAGAAUCGUAUUAAAUUAAGUACAAACAUUGUUAGAGAUGCGUUUAAAAAAUAUUCCUUAUCGAUAUAUGUAUGAUUGUUCAUAUUGAUAGAUUUAUAUACAAAUUAUGCGCGUUUGCACGCAUACGUUUAAUAUAAAACAAAAAGAAAAAUGAUAUCUUUUUGGCGUUAAAUAAAGAUAUUAAUAUUAUACUUUCGACUAUAUUCUGUUGUUAUGCAAUAAUGUUGCUACGAAUUCUUUGAUAAUAAAGUUGCUCUCCAUUUGUGAAA